CUCACUGACAUGUCCUUACUGGAGUAUGGGCCAUGGACACGUGUACACCUCGAUAAGUGCACACUCACUUUUUCGCUGCCCUAUAUAAAGGCCCUCAUUCUUCACCGGAGGUACGCAUUCUACCAGCUUUGGAGUCACCUUCUUUACUACUUGCUUGCCUAACUUGAGCGUCGGAGGGUCGCCGCCGGGAACCCCUGCCCGACCCGACUUCUGUGCAGGACCGCCGGAGCUUCAGAGGCCUGCGUCAUCGACUAGAAGAGCGCUACGUGCCCAGCGUCCUUUGGUUCGACGAUUCGGACAGGAUCACUCUUCAUUGGGGGCUUCUUGCAACUUUUUGUUUUUAUGUAAAGUGAAAAAAAAAUGAGGAUUAUUUAUUUAAUUGUAUUUGUUUAACUGAAACAAAAUAGUUUGUUUAAUUUAAAUUUAUUUAUUUUCCUCAAAAUGAAAACAAAAUAGGGUUUGUUUAAUUGCUUCAGGCAAAUUGUUUUGAAUGGUUGGUUUGAAAACAAAAUAGAAUAUAUUCGUUUGAAAUGAGAUCCCAUCAUUUUCCUCUCUUUUUUUUUUCUACCGAAAUAUCUUUUUCCCCAAUACGCGCGCCGCAACUCCUCCCUUUUCUCGUUCGCCAUGAUCCGCGGAUGAGCUCCGCCGCCGCCGUUGCUGGAGAACGAUGAAGAUCGCCGCGAUCGCUGCCGAUGGAAUCCGAUCGUCCAAGGGAGCCUGAUCUCGCCACGGGGACCGAAUUGUCGGAGUGGGCUGUCUGUGACGCGCAGGAGAUCGAAGGCGGAGACGACCCCAAGAUUGUCGAUUGGGAGGACCUGCAGCAGGAGCUCGCUCGACUCUGGAGCCUCUCUUCGGCGCUCAAGAAGGCUAAGGAGAGGAAGGAGUCGCUUUCCCAACGUCUGGAAUCGUUCAUCGAGGCGAGAAAAGGACCAUUACGCCAAACAAAUGAGUUAGAGGAGAUGAAGGAUAAACUGGAAUCUAAGAGACUUGCCUUGGAAAACUUGUCCAUGCACAUUAAGCAGACUUCAGAGAAUUCACAAAAAGAAAGAGAUAAACUUUGCCACAGUACCAGAGUGUUGUUGGUAGCUGGAAAGAGAUUAACUGCGUCCCACCAGCAGUUGCAGGAAGCUAGUAAAUUGCUAUCUGGAGAAAGGGGAUAUGAUAAUCUGAAAAAGCUGCAAAAGUUGCUUAGGCUGAGGCAAGGUGAUAUGGUAACUCAAAUAUCAAAACUUUACUCAAUCAAGAGUGCAAGUGAACAACCAUUUACGGAGGCCACUGAUCCGCAUACUAUUGGCACGAGUUCAAGAGGUUCUACUAGUCCAUCCUCACCUUCUAAACCCCUGCACUUGCCAUCUUUGACAAUAUUAGGUCUUCAACUAACUAUGCUUCCUAUAAAAACGAUGGGUUACUUUAGUGACAAGAAGGAGGUUCAGAUGUUUGCAAGUGCCUUGGGUUAUGUUGCACAUGCAGUCUCACUUAUUUCAUCAUACCUGUAUGUGCCUCUCCGCUAUCCUUUGCACUUCAAAGGCUCGCGCUCAUAUAUUUAUGAUCAUACAUCUACAGUUGAUAAUGCUGCAUCUGAUUUGAUGGGAAACUCGGCAUCAUUAAGCACAAGCUCUAAGCCGAUUGACUUUCCACUUUUUCUAGAUGGUCAAGAUACUACAAGAGCAGCCUAUGCAAUAUUCUUAUUGAAUAAGAAUUUGGAGCAACUUUUGAAUUACAUCGACGCAGAAAGUUUGGGCCCACGCCAUAUAUUACCUAAUUUAAAGGAGCUCACGCAGAUUAUCCUGUCAAAAGAAUACCUUAACAUGUGAUUUCAUUUACUCCAUAAGGUUUUGAAGACACGUAAAUCUUACCAAUUCCUUGGCAGCCAAUUUGUAUAUUCGUUCCACCUUGUUGGAUGUUUUAUUUAAAGCGCCAUUGGCCACGAUAGAUUCUUCUGUGGUUGUCAAUCACACUUUUUUUUUAUGCUUUAAAAUGUUAUUUUGCACGACAGAAGACAGUAUCAUUCACAUCUCCUGCUGCGGAUGCAUGCAUUCGUUUAUCCACCUUUUUAUUUGGAUAUGUCAUAUGUGCCAAUAUACCGUAAGCCCUAAAUCCAAUUCUUUUUUACCUCAUCAGUGUCGACAGUAGAUUUUGUAUUGUAUCUAUCAAUAUUAUAUAAUAUCCAGAAUUAGGCGAAGAGUUGGUAAUCUCUUUCAGUGACUUUGAUCUAUUUAGCCCGUAUCAAUAAUCUGGACAGCAUUAGAAUGAAUCUUUCUUUGGCUUCUCAUUUUAAAGACAAUCCUUUUUUUCUGAGUUCGGCUCUAUAUCACUGGAAUUUUUCCAAUUGUUUUGCUUAUUCGGCACACGAAAUUUAUUAUUUCCCUUCAACAAAGUCAACUGAUUUGGUUGAUUGCAGAGCAUGACCUUCGUGCUGCAGGUUGCCUAAUUUCAUCGCCAAGUGAUGUUGAUUGCAGACCAUACUGACGUCUACCUGGUGACUGCAUAACUUUGACUUGAGCAGCAUUCAAGACCAAUCGACUCCAGCAGCAUGAACGGAAUUUGACUUGCAUGAUUGUGAUAUGCAAGAGAACUCAGCAGGGCCUG